AUGUCUGUCGCAGUGGUUGAAGAAGGCCCGGUGCGGAAGGAUCCUAUUGCGCCGGCGACUUUGCUUCCUGGUCGGCCAGAGCUAGGAAAGCGUUCGUCAACUGGCCGCCUCCCAGUGGGGGAUCCCGACGGCGACAGACACUCAAAGGCGGGCUCACAAUGGCGCAGAGAUACUGAGCUCGUGUCUCUGAGCACUGCACAGAAUCGAGUUUGGCAUAAUCAUCUCAGCAACGUACCGCAAAAGGCUCUGCGACAGGUACUAGGGCUCAACCCUUUCAAGACCUCAUACACAACCCUUUACCGACCUCUGAAAGAUUUCCAAUCAAGAACGACACUGCUGGCAGGUGUCAUCCUUGCCGUUGCAGCCGGUGUACCUCUUCCUAUCAUCGGCGUCAUAUUCGGACGCAUCAUUGACUCUUUUCCGCCCUCCGAAGCGGAAUUGGAGACACGUAUCGGACAACUCCUUGGCGUUGCAACGGCGUACUUUGUGAUAACAUGGGGCUGGGCUGUAUGCUGGGGGAUAAUUGGCGAGCGAGUAUCUCGAGGCUUGCGGGAGUCCUUGGUAGAGCGAGCUCUCGGGAUGGAGCUGGCCUAUUUCGAUACUGAAGCGCCGGAUAUGACGAACGUUCUUACGGAAAAGACGCAGACUAUACAACUGGGAACGUCCGAAAAGGUCGGCCUAUUCAUCCAGUCGAUCAGUUACUUCGUAGCAGCCUUCACCGUCGGGUUUAUCCUCAAUGCCACUUUGACAGGUAUCCUCUUCGUCGCAGUAAUACCAGCCAUGGCGAUGAUCGUCUACUUCGGCACAAAGGCCGUCUCGAGAUUCUCUAAGAGGGCAGCAGAUCUUUCGGAGGAGGCUGCAAACCUGGCAGAGAGUGCCAUUAAGGGCGUCCAAGUCGUUCAAGCCUUCGGGGUUCUUGACAAAAUGACCGAAGAUCAUCUGGCACUGCUGAAGAGAGCAGUCCGUGUCGGAGUAAAGAAAUCAAUCGCCGGAGCCCUUAUGCUUGGCUCAGUGUAUUUCGUGGCAUACGCUGCCAAUGCGUUAGCAUUUUGGGAAGGUCGUCGGUUGUAUGAAGGCGCAGAAGGAGCAUCCGGCGGAGCAGGCACUAUAUAUGCCGUGGUUUUCUUGAUCCUGGACGCAUCCUUCGUCGUUGGCCAGUUCGGACCAUUUAUUCAAACUUUUGCCCUCGCAGCGUCGGCGGGCGAGAAGAUCUUCGAAGUGCUGGACCACACGGAAGCUCACAUCAAUGUAUAUUCUGAUGAAGGAGAAAAAGCACGUCCCGACACUUUCAAGGGCGAGAUCCGUUUCCAGGACGUCACGUUUGUCUACCCAGCAAGGUCCAAUGCACGCGUACUUGAAGGUCUUAAUCUCAAGUUCAAGGCGGGAAGGGUCAACGGUCUCGUAGGCGCUUCAGGUUCCGGUAAAUCGACCGUAGCUGCCCUGCUGUUGCGGUUCUACGAUCCAUCAUCCGGAAGAGUUACCGUCGGUGAUAGGGACAUCCGCACCUUCAACGUCGGUAGCUGGCGUAGGCAAAUCGCGCUCGUGGAUCAAAACCCUGUCCUCUUCUCCGGCACAGUCCUUGAUAAUAUACGUCACGGGCUCGGGGAUAACCACGGUUUAUCCGAGCAAGAAGUCAUCCGGCGAUGCGAGAAGGCUGCAGCGGACGCAAACUGUGACUUCAUCUCGGCACUGCCCGAUGAACUUUUGACUGCAAUCGGCGGUUCAGGAAACACGCAAUUGUCUGGGGGGCAGAAGCAGCGGCUCGCUUUGGCCCGUGCCCUUGUCGGAGAGCCCUCAGUAUUGGUCUUGGACGAGUAUACCAGUGCUAUGGACGCGACGAGCGAGACGCUGGUGCUCGAUGCGCUCAGGCGUGCGGCUGCGGUCUCGACAAGGACAACAAUAAUCAUCGCCCAUCGCCUUGCUACCAUCAAGGAGGCAGAUAAGAUCAUGGUCAUGGGAGAAGGGACUCUUCUUGAAGAAGGGACGCAUGAAUCACUUUUGGAGCUGAAUGGUGCCUACAAGCAGCUGGUGGAUGCGCAGAGCUUCGUGAAGUCUGAUUCAGAGUCGGAAAGUCGAACAUCAGCCAAAUCCAGCUCUCCGGAAGAUUCGAUGACGAAACCUACUCCGCUCGGUACUCCCUCAGGCAAUGUGACCGAUGAGCACUCACAUGCGGAGCCUCUAAGCGUUUUUACCCUCGUGAGGAGGUGCUUUGCCAUGAGCAGGUCAGAGAGACCGUUCAUAUUCCUAGGCAUCCUAGCCUCAAUGGUGAGCGGAGCUAUCAUCAUGGGUGAAGCCAUAGUUUUCGGCAACCUUGUCCAUAUCCUCAACGAAGAAUCCGAGAGUGAGCGUCUUGCUCGCAGGGCCAACUUUUUCUGCCUCAUGUUCUUCGUACUCUCUCUGAUUGCACUCGUGGCUUACUCCGCGACUGGGAGCCUUUUUGGCAUAGUCUCAGAGCGGCUAAUUCUAGGUGUCAAAGCAAUCUCCUUGAAAACGAUCUUGCAGCAGGAUGUGGGGUGGUUCUCCGAGCCCUCCCGCUCGCUGCACGCGCUGAUGUCUUCUCUCAGCAUGGAUGCCGGUCAUCUCAGCGGGAUGUCCGGCAUCAUCAUCGGCACGUUCUUUUCCGUUGCAACCUCCAUCAUUGGAGGCAUCGUCCUUGCUCAUAUUAUAGCUUGGAAGAUUGCAGUAGUCUUACUGGCCGCCGUGCCCGUCAUGCUUCUUGCUGGCUUCCUACGCUUACGCAUCUUGUCCAAGGCUGAGGAAAGACACGAGACGGCAUACAACGAAGCAGCUGCAUUGGCCUCUGAAGCCUGUGCAUCUAUCCGGACGGUGGCCGCUCUAGGCCGCGAGAGCGACGUUCUUCGGCUUUAUAAGGAAGCCAUCCAAGAGCCUUAUGAGCAGAGUCUCAAGUUCACGAUCAUGAGCAACGUGUUGCUCGCGUUCUCCCUUUCAAUCACUUACUUUGUGUACGCCUUAGCGUACUGGUGGGGAGCGAAGCAAGUCCGGAAUGGCAAUUAUACAACACUACAGUUCUUCAUCGUGUUACCUGCCCUCCUUUUCUCUGCACAGGCAGCCGGACAGAUGUUCAGCCUCGCACCAGAGCUCACUCGAGCCAAAUCUGCUGCUCGCAGUGUCUUCAAGCUACACGACCAGCGCCCCUCGAUCAUUACGGACUCUACCAGCGCUUUGACGUCAGUCGUCUCGGAUUCAUCCGAGCUCUCAGAGAAAGGUAGCGACUUGGAAAAACCUCCCCUUAGCAGAGGACAAGUCGACUUCCAAGCCGUCAGUCUGAUAUACCCUUCCAGACCCAGCGCUCCCGCUCUGAAAGAAGUUAUGUGCUCCGUCCAGCCUGGAGAAUUUGUCGCCUUCGUCGGCCGGUCCGGGGCAGGCAAGACAUCCUCAAUUUCUCUCAUCGAGCGUUUCUUUGACCCCACUGGUGGUGCUGUUCUAGUCAACGGAAUAGACAUCAGAAACAUGCCGGUAGAGGAGCACCGAGCGAGGAUAGGUCUAGUAGAACAAGAGCCACAUCUUUUCCCAGGCUCUGUUUUGUUUAACGUCAAGCUAGGUGCACGACCUGGCCGGGAAGCAUCGCAUGAGGAGGUUGUCAAUGUGUGCAAGAAAUGCGGCAUUCAUGACUUCAUCAUGGGUCUGCCUGAAGGUUACAACACAGAGUGUGGCAAGAAUGGGUCUAGGCUCUCUGGUGGUCAACGGCAGCGCAUAGCCAUUGCGAGGGCGCUGAUACGAGAUCCGGAGAUCCUGCUCCUCGACGAAGCAACAUCACAGCUCGAUGCAACCAGCGAGAUGGAGGUUCGCAACGCCAUCGCUGCCGCCUCGUCUGGCCGCACAACUAUCGUGGUGGCUCAUCGACUGGCUAGUGUUCAGAGCGCUGACCGUAUAUAUGUUUUUGAUGAUGGAGCGAUCGUUGAGCAGGGCACCCAUGAUGAUUUGGUCGCACUUGGUGGCAUUUACGCUGGCAUGGUCGGAGCACAGGAAUUAGGUUGA